CAGGGCGGCGGCGAGGAAGGGAGAUCGGUCUCCUCGCCGCGGACGUUCCGCCGGGAAAGACGGCAAGUUGUGAGCGCGCCGGCCCGGGGAGGAGGCGGCCGCCGCCGCCGGCCAUGGAUCAUCACCCUUACUACGGAGGAUGGGAAGCUGAGGCCCAGUAAGGCUGAAGAUCCCUUCUGUUCAUAGACACUCCCCAUUCCAGAACUGCGGAUUACCUGUGGUCCCAAAACCUGGUGGUUUCACACCUUCACUUACUCUUGCAGCCCUUUGGGUCCUCGUUGCCCUAUCUGGAGAAAGAUGGCAUCCAGCCUGACGUGUACUGGGGUGAUCUGGGCUUUGCUCUCCUUUCUUUGUGCUGCUACCUCCUGCGUGGGGUUCUUUAUGCCUUACUGGCUCUGGGGAUCCCAACUGGGCAAGCCUGUGUCCUUCGGUACUUUCCGGAGGUGCUCUUAUCCGGUGCAUGACGAGAGCCGGCAGAUGAUGGUGAUGGUGGAAGAAUGUGGGCGCUACGCCUCUUUCCAGGGCAUCCCCAGCGCAGAAUGGAGGAUCUGCACCAUCGUGACGGGCCUGGGCUGUGGCCUCCUCCUCCUGGUGGCUCUCACCGCUCUCAUGGGUUGCUGUGUGUCGGAGCUCAUCUCCAGAACAGUGGGAAGAGUGGCUGGAGGAAUUCAGUUUCUGGGGGGAGACAUAAAAAAAAUAUAUCACUAUGGAAGGAGACAGAAGGGCAUCGGGAGGCUGCCUGGGGACAUACUUGUGAGACAUGUACUAAGCUUGUUGAUUGGUGCUGGCUGUGCCCUCUAUCCCUUGGGCUGGGACAGUGAGGAAGUUCGGCAGACUUGUGGCUACAUUUCUGGCCAGUUUGACCUGGGUAAGUGUGAAAUCGGCUGGGCCUACUACUGCACAGGAGCAGGUGCUGCUGCUGCCAUCCUUCUGUGCACAUGGCUGGCUUGCUUCUCUGGCAAGAAACAGAAGCAGUACCCAUACUGAGAUGGAGCCACCAAGAAAAAAGAGGAGAAGAUGGGCUGAAGGGGCUUGGAGGAACUAAAAAAAUCCGGCUACUUUCAAAAGGUGGAAUAAUGCUUCUAAUUAAUACAAUGCUAAUGAAAUAAAAUCCAGUGGAAUCAGAAACAUUAUAUAUUGUGGAAGGGUUGUACAAGAUUUAUAAAAAAAAAGAAAAAAGAGCACUUAGAAGGAUAG